CUUGCUUCUACACCGUCGCGGUGGCUGUGUCGUGGCUGCUGUGUGUGACUUCAUCGCUGCGUUGCCGAGUACGUCCACCUCGUAGCACGAGUAUACAGCAACCUAGGAUGAUUUAUCGUUAGAGAGAUGAUGGAAUCGUCAAGCAUGCCCGAUUUCAGCUACGUGGACGACGUGUUUCGCCAUACGAUUGACCUGGACGAACCUUGGUGUCGCAUGAGUUUGGCAGACGUGAACUCGGUGCGGUUGUCACAGUCGCUAUUGCAAAUUGGCCCCAUCUACUCGGACAUUGUGCAUUGGAAGGAACGCGCGAACGAGUCGAUGCGAGUGGCCAGUCGUCGCACGAACCACCUCAUCGAAUCCCUCGACAUGGACCCCGUAGAACGCAAGCAUCGGUCCGCGUCAUCCACGUUGAUCAAUGAGGUCGACGCGGAACCUCUGCCCUUCGACGACGACGCCCGCGACUCGGUCACCGUGCCCGUCGUGUCGCACUCAGGUUGGCUCAUCAAGCAAGCUAGCCGCAGCUGGUCAUUCAAGCGCCGACUCUUCUUCAUCCUCGGCCGAGAACUCGUCUACCACAAGUCACACGAGUCGUCGUACUCGACCAUCUCUGGCCGAGUCAACCUCGAAGUCACGACGAACGUCAUGCGGGUGCCCAACUUUGGGUUCAAGCUGGUCCAGGGAUCGUUUACCAUGCUUCUGUACGCAUUGAACGAGGCAGACCGCAACACAUGGAUACACAAGCUCAACCUGUGCGACGUCCACACCAUCGACUUGCCUCCAGUCAUCGCCCCCACGACCGCAACCAUUCCCGACAAGAAGGUGGUGGCAUCGGGCUGGCUCCGUAAGCAAGGCCAGGUGUUCAAGUCGGUAAAGCGCCGCUGGUUUGAGCUCACGGGUGCCGACGGGCUCUCGUACUUCCGGAACCCCGACACCGCAACGAAACCCAAGGGCCGUGUGCUCGUCACCCCCGCCUCGUCCGUCACGAGGCUCGACAUGCGUAAAACUGGCGAACGCUUCAGCUUUAGCAUCACCGAGAACGCCCUGGACAAGAAGUCGCGCGUGCUAUUUGUGCAUGCCGACAGCCAGGAGGACCGGUCGAUUUGGGUGGCCGCGCUGUCGAGCGUGAUCCUUUGCAAGGACGGCGCGUCGCCGCCGGCUUUGUCGUCGCCUCUGGGGCCAAACGGGUCGGUCGAUGAUGGAACAUGCAUAGAACGUUCGUUGAGCGACCCAAUGUCCCCUGAUCAUGACGACCUGCCACGUGGCAAGGACGACAGCGACAUCUUGGCUGACAUUGCACGUGAAGCCCAGCUCAUUCUGGUCUCCCCGUACUCACCAGAAGGCACGACGAGGUAUAUAUAUAUCUGUUCAAGUUCUUGUAUCGAAGGGAGGGGGGAGUGGGGGGGAGGGGAGGUGUUGGUUGAAUGUAUACUUUGUUGCCAGGAUAUACUGUAUGUGGUGAAGGUGUUUGCUGUUUUUGAGUGUAUGACAAUAUAUAUAUAUAUAUAUGUUGUGGGGGACGGUAGUGAAAACUUUCUCAAGACGAUCCAUCGCAAGACGCUGUGCUUGCAGUCCGUCCGACGGUUCAUGGAAGGAUUGAUGGAGUACAUGGUCACGACGCGGAUGCAUUACUUUUGCGCCUUGUGUGGAGACGACAGCAAGCGCCAUUUUGACGCGAUCGCCGCCAUCAUCUCGGAGCAAGUCGAAGAGCGAGUGUUCUCGCCCAUCCACAAGGUCGUGUACCAGGUGCUCGUGCCUAAAGCCGACUCCAAGGCGCUGCGGGACCGACUCGAGCUGCUCCAGGGCCGCAAACAAGCGUAUUUCGGCAUCAACUCGCCGUCACCGUCGGGGUACGCCGCCGCCAUCGCUGCCAUGACCGCCAUCGACGGCCAGAGCCUGCCCUCGUUCAAGCGCCGGCAGUUGGUCGUAGCGUGCAACACCAUCUACCACGUGGCCGCCGAAGAGGGUCUGUACCCGUCGGCCGCCAUGAGUGCCGACGAUUUCAUCCCUGCGUUCAUCUUUGUGGUGGUGCAGUGUCGAGUGGAGGACGUUUUGAUGCUCAAGGAACUGCUCGUGGCGUUCCCGCCAGUGUCCGACACGGGCGAGGCGGCGUACUUUGUCACAUGUUUGGAGAUUGCGAUCGAGUACGUGCAGUCGCUCGUGCUUCUCCAGGAGCUGGAACUCGACGGAGAUCGGCCGCUCGGCGUCGAGUUUAGUGUGGUCGCAGUGGACGAAGACCUCCGUGUGCUGGUCGUGGCGGCGGUGGCCCCGCACUCCCAAGCGGACGCAUGCGGCCACAUCCACAUCGGCGACGUGCUCAUGACUGUGAACGGCCUCGCGGUGCACGACCGGACGGUAGCCGACGUGCACAAGGUGAUUCGGGCGGCGCAAGGCCCCGUCGCGCUAGCGUUUGUCCACAUCAAAGACGUCAAGAAGGUCCACUCGUCGGUCCGGAAUGUAGCAGCAGUGCCCACAAGUCAUAACCGUCCAAUCUCUACCAAAGAGUAGGAUCUCUGAUGUGUAUUUAAUCAAAACUUACCUUGGAAUGUGCGAUUGGUCAUGAAUGGAAGCAAAAAAAAACUCUUUGACAACGUUU